CAUUUGUAUUUCUGUAAUGUUUUUCUUGUUGAUGACUGUUGUAUGAAUAUUUAAUUUAAAACUAUAUGUUACUUUUUUAAUAUAAAUUAUUUUAAUUUUGAAAAUUACAUUCUAUCUAAAAUGUCGGUUAUGCUUAGGAAUUUAUGUAAAAUGACCCACAAUUUUGGGUUACUACACGUUUUUAGUAACAACAGUCCGAAGAAUAUAUUUCUACAGAAAGUGAGGAAAUCAAAUAACGAUGUAGCUAAUUUGCUGAGGUCUCAAAGACUGAAAAAGAAAAAAGAGUCUGUUGAAGUUUUGAAAUGGAUACUAUUGAUGAUUCCAGUGACUUCCUUGGGCUUGGGUUGCUGGCAGGUGUACCGUUUGCGGUGGAAGUUAGAACUAAUAGAUAUUAUGCAAGCAAAAACCAAUGCUAGUCCAAACAAUAUUCCUUUAGAUUUUGAAAAAUUACAAGAAAUGGAGUAUAUGCCAGUAAAGGUGCAAGGUGAAUUUUUACAUGAUAAAGAAUUUUGUAUAGGACCUCGGGCAUUAAUUGAAAAUGAUGCACAUUCACCAUCUAAUUCACUACUUUCUGACCCUAAAAAGAACCAGGGUUGGCUAGUUAUAACACCAUUUAAAUUACAAGAAAAUGGGGAAAUAAUAUUAAUUAAUCGGGGAUGGAUUCCCCAAAGCCAGAAGCCCAGGGAGAAGCGGCUUUCGUCAUUUGUCAAAGGGCCUGUGGAAAUCGUUGGUGUUGUAAGAUUAACUGAAAAGCGACCACCAUUCAUGCCCAAAAAUAAUCCACAGAAAAAUGCUUGGUACACUAGAGAUUUAGAACAAAUGGGUAAUCAUAUUGGAUGUUCGCCAGUGUGGUUGGAUGCUCGCGGCGUGCUGGAUCCCCCAUCAGGCUGGCCAAUUCCUAACCAAACUAGAGUUAAUUUAAGAAAUGAACAUUUAUCAUACAUUGUCACUUGGUAUUCACUUAGUGGAUUAACAGCCUUCAUGUGGCAUCGCUAUUUCAUCAGGAAGUUACCAUUGUUAUAACGUACUGUCAUAUCCAUAAGACGUAAAAAUGUAAUUUAUAAUGCAUUUUAAAUAAUAGUAGCUCUUGUUCAAAAAUAUUACACUCCUAAUUGUAGUAGGUUUCAUUAUUAUAACCUAUACGAUGAAUUUUAGUCGAUUAGAUUUUAGAAAGAUGGCCGGUACUGUUUGGCGCAUCCCUUAAAUCAUUUUAACAUAUGCCAACGCAGCAAUUUGAAAAGGUGUACUUUAUAUAUUUUAAUAUCACUAUAUAUCUAACUUAUUUUACAAAAAACAACUAAAAGCUGUACUCAGCGGAAAUGGAGUGCAGAACAGUGAUAAUUUGUUACUAGUUCAUUUUCAGUUUUAUCUA